AUGAUAUAUCAAAUAGACACAGUCCAUCAUCUCGCAAGCACGCAUCCGCCAACCCCCGACCAUCCCAAAACACAGAAACGCUUACGUACCGUACCCCAACACGAGCCCAGUCCCCGAACCGAGGUCCAUUCGCUUAACCGCCAGAAAAAAAAACAAAAGAAGAGCCAGGAGAUAGGCAAACUUGAAACAAAUUCUCUCGCCCCGCAGCCAGCCGAUCAAAACGCCGGCGCCGGCACCGGCGGACCGCACGGUCUGUCUCUGCCUCCCUCUUUCUCUCUCCCCCUCUCUUUUCUCGGCUGGGGCUGGCUGCCACUACUGGCGGCGGGACAGGAGUUAGGUCCGCCCGGGUAA